UUAAACAAAUGAAAUUCUUUUCACACAAAGCAAUUUGAGAGGCUGAAUACCUUGACCAAAACAGACCUUAACAACACUUAAGCCCAGCUCUAGGUUAUGCGUUAGGCCACACUGCCACUAGAUGAACGAGCUUCCCGGUUUUUUGUUUAUACCCAACCUCGCUGCCUGUUUUCUGUUUUACCAAAAUGCAAGUAGAAUCCGCAAAGUUUGAGCUCAGGCAAAUGUGCCUAGAUAUAUGUACGAUGGCAGGGACCUGGCUCCAAUACAUAAAGAGGGGGCGCGAAACAAUGAGCCACUUUUCGGGCGGACGGUUGCACAUUUUAUAUUUGGAGAAUCGUUUAACCAAUAUUUCGAAUGAGCGUCUCCUUCGAGCGGCGGACAGAGAGAUUCGCACAAAUUACGAUAGACUAUCCUAUCCGAUUGCCGCAAUGAAAACCUAUCUGGAACAACUGCGCAAGGUACGGGAUAGCAUCUGUAAGUUUUUGAGCCGCACGCGCAUGUUUAUGGAUGAUGAAAUCGUUGAGAAGUACGACGUAACCCCGACAUUGAGAACGCCGCAAGUUCUGGAGAUCCUGGAGUUCCUGAGCUCACGCUACGAUGCAGAGUGGGAGGUCAAAGAGAUGGUGGUCAUGUCGUUGGAGGACGUUGACAGCGCCUACGAAAUUGAAGUUCUCGUGAAGGCCUGGGGCGACUGUCGCCAUGCAAACGGCGAGGAGUUUGUUCAAAAAUUGUCGGCAUUCCUCAGUGCAUUGUGGAACGGUAUUCUUCCUGACCAAAAACCAAUUCAGUGGAUAUUUUAACCCAAGUUUCUGAAACUGAAAAACUGAAACUACAGCCAAACUGAGAGAUAAACUCUAAUGAAUAACGAGUUAAAAGUCAUUUAUUAUUAAGCUAAAAGAACCACAAACUCAAUCGCUAUAUAAGAUAUGAGAUAUGAGAUGUUGGAAAUAUAUGAAUGUGGAGGCAUUCAAACUCAGGGAUUGCUAUGCACCAGCCAGAUGUUGGGAGCAUGUUUAGAUGUAAUAUUACACAAUAAAUUGAAGUGCAUAAAGCAUGCAUCUCACACAACCCAAGCGACUGGCGACUACCUAAUUUUGUAUCUAAAAAAACAGACCAGAAGGCAACAUUUCCAGAACGUUCCUGACGUUUCGAAGACUGCAAGCGGCGCGGGACUAGCCAUCGAAUGAUCAAAAUUCUUUCCACCCACUGGAACAUCCCAGCUUCACCUUGUUGCUGAAACACGGAGCACCUCCACCAUCUAAUUAUGUGGACAAGAAACGAUUUUGUUUUGUUUGAAUUUGAUGUUAGUUUUUAUUUUGAAAAAUGUUCUUGUUUUUAGUUUUCUUUUUUUUUUUUGUA